AUGGCCACCGUCGCAACCAAAACCGCAACUCCCGUCAUGUCUCCUUCCUUCUCCAUGUCGCAGGAUAUCUCCCGCGCCAUUACAGCCUCAGCUCAGAGGACAGAAAAGAACCGCUCGAUCCUCAUCGACGGUAUGCCUCCCGCGCCUCCGCCAUCGCCCGUUGCCUUCUCCAAGGGCAAGGCUUGCUACAAUAAUAUCCCCAGCUUGAGUCUGGAGUGA